AUGGCGAAAAUAACUGCCUUAAACCGCCAAAAGGGCGCACUAAAAACGCAAGUAACUAAAUUAGGACUAUUCUUCGAGGACAAAGAAUGGACAUUUUCAAAAAUUGAACUGGAUAUUAAACUUAAAGCCUUGAAAAGAAUUCAAGAAAGUGCUUCAGAAUUGCGUUCUCAGUAUUAUCAGCUAAUUGAAAAAGAUGAAGAUUUGCCUCCGAUUGAAAAGGAUCUCGAUGAAUUAGAAUCGAAAACUGAAGAAUUAGAGGUUUGGACUCUUGAGCAAAGUAUUCAGAAAUUUUGGAACAUUGAAAACGUGGAAGACGAUAAACACAUCAUUAGCGAUGAAGCGAAAUUUUGCGAAGAAUAUUUUACGUCAACGUAUAAUCGAGAUAAUGACGGUAGAUUCAUUGUUUCUAUGCCUCUUAAAGAAGAACCUUCCUGCUUAGGAGAUUCCAGAGCAAAUGCAGAACGAAGACUUGAAAGCCUUUGGAAGCAAUUGAAAAACAAACCAACAAUGAUGCAAUUAUAUCAAAACUUCAUGCAAGAAUACGAAGAUCUAAAUCACAUGGAAGUUAUCUCAGAUGAAGAUAUCAAAGAAAAAUCUUAUUAUCUGCCGCAUCACGGAGUAUAUAAACCAGAAAAUCAGACAACUCCAUUACGUGUCGUCUUCAACGCAUCGGCCGCAACAACUUCUGGAAAAUCCCUUAACGAUAUUUUAUUGAAAGGUGACGUCCGAGAAGAUAUUUUUGACAUAAUGGUUAGAUUUCGCAAACAUAAAUACGCAUUCAUAGCCGAUAUUAAGAAGAUGUACAGGCAAAUUGGAAUUCAUCCAUCUCAGCAAAAUCUCCAAAGAAUUUUGUGGAAAAAGACGGCAGAAGACCCUGUUCUUACAUUUAAGUUAAAGACUGUAACAUACGGGACAUCAAGUGCCCCUUAUUUAGCUAUUAGAACACUUCAACAACUUGCAUAUGAUGAAGCAUCAAAAUUUCCUCUUGCGUCUGCUGUAACUCUAAGUGAUUUCUAUAUGGAUGAUGUGGUAUCAGGAGCCUCAACCAUUAAGGAAUUUGAAGAGGUCCAAAAACAACUUUUGGAAAUGUUUAAAACCAGUGGCAUGUUUUUUCAUAAAUGGAGCUCAAAUGUCAGCAAUUCCAUUUUUAAUUCGGCUGGAGAAAAUCAUAGUUUUGACGAGAAAUCGGAAAAUGAGAAAAAAGCUUUAGGGAUAAAUUGGAACCCAACAGAAGACAAAUUUUCCUUCAAGGUUUCCUUGAAACCCAGGAUAAGUUACACCAAACGAGACGUUCUAUCUGACAUUGCAAAAUUGUAUGAUCCUCUUGGCUUAAUUGGCCCUAUAAUAUGUAAGGCAAAAAUCUUUAUGCAAAGACUGUGGCUACUUAGACUAAAAUGGGAAGACAAGUUACCAGAUUCAAUCGCAACUGAAUGGCGUAAUUUUGUGAUAUCCUUAAAGGAGAUAGAAAAUAUUAAAGUGCAGCGUUACCUAGAAAAUGAAGACGGUGACACAUUAAAAUUACACGGUUUCGCAGAUGCAUCAGAAGCUGCCUACGGAGCAACUAUUUAUCUUCAGAGCAUUUCUGAAUCUCAUGAAGUGUCCUCGCAUCUAAUAUGUAGCAAAUCUCGGGUAGCUCCACUGAAGAAAAUGUCAAUUGCCCGUUUAGAACUCUCCGCUUGUCAUCUACUCGCAGAAUUAACACAAAAAACCUUAAAAUCUUUGAAAAUGAAUGUCAAGGAAGUCAUCUUGUGGUCAGAUUCCACCAUUGCACUUGCGUGGAUCAAAACUCCUUCGCAUCAAUUAAAGACCUACGUUGGCAACAGAGUUUCUACCAUUUAA